CAGAUUUUGUGGUGAGAGGGGUGGAGAUUGUAAUAAUGGGGGGACUGAGGGAGGGCUCAGUGAUCUGGUCAAAUACAGUUUACAAUGUUUUUAAGUUUCACAGCUAUUGAAAGCUCUGGGCGUGACACUUAUUAAAAACAGCAGAUGAAAAGAAGAUCUGUGGAACUGGACUAUAUAGAUUUUAAUGAAGAAACCAGCACAGUUUCUUUAAGUUAGCAGAAUUUCAUUUUUCAUUUGUUUGUGAAAAUAUUACAGUGAAGUUUGCUUGAGUUUAUAAGAACGCUGCAUGAGCAAGGGUACAACAGAACAGACUGAACUGAAUCAGAUCUUGUGUGGAGGCGAGUACAUCUUUUCUAAAAGGAUCUUCAGGUCAAAAUGUCUAAAUAUCAAAUUCCUGGAUAUCAGAGUAAUCCUAAUGACACUCUGCAUAAAAGAGGAAGAGAUGCACCAAAUGUGCCUUUACAUGAGAUACAAAAACAACUGCUUGAGUAUUUAGGAACUAUUAAAGAUGUACGAAAAGCUAAAGAGAAGAUUGAAGAGAAAUAUUCCAUUAAAAAUGGGUUGUGGUCAGUAAGUCAUAUUAAAAAAGCUUGGGGAAAAACACAACGGAUGGAUUGGCUACAUGAAAAAAAGAGAAAAUACUGGUCUAUCGUGAUAAUAAUGCAAAUGUUACAACAAAGUAACAUCAAUAUACUAUUACAACAACAUCACCCAGAUAGAUCAACAAAAUGUAAAAAACGACCAAAUUCUAAAGAGAACACAAGCCAAAACAGUGAUCCAAAAAAACCUAAAAACCAUAAUUGCAAGCAAAAUGACAAAAACACUAAAAUAAAAAAUGGUUCUGAAGGAAUUCUUAUACCACUUUUAAUGUUUUAAAACACUGAACCGCCACUGGCAAUGGAAAACACAGAUCACAUAUCUAGGAUUAAACUGCUAAAUGGAGAACCCACAUUUCAGAAUACACAGGUAGUACCUACACGAUAUCAGUUGUUGAAUAAAACGUCUCAUGUUGUGAAGUACGACAAUGAAACCAAUAAUGCUACAUGGGUGUUUGAGAUACUAAACAAAGAAACUAUAGAUGGGCCUGCUACUGUACAAUCAGAAUAUCGCUUAGACUACUCAACUCAUAAAGAUCACAGAGCACCUGAGAGUUUGAAGAAAUAUACUAAAACAGGCUUCCAAAGAGGUCAUCUGGCUGCUGCUGCCAACCACAAGUGGUGCCAGAAAGCAAGAGAUGAUACAAACCUCCUCAGCAACAUUGCACCACAGCAUAAAGACCUUAAUCAGAGAAAAUGGAAAGAUUUGGAGAACCUCUGUCGACUAAACGUUCAAGACAAUUAUUCUAAAGCCUAUAUAUACACUGGUCCACUUUACCAUACUGAAAAGUACAUUACUGAAAAAGGCAUUACAGAAGAAACCAUUGUAGAAAAGGAAAAGGAGAAAAUAGAAAGCAGCAUGAGAGAUUUUAUGUCAAAGUAUGGGAAAGCUUUGCCAACUCAUUUCUUUAAGGUCAUCAUUCUGGAGAAAGAUAAUGGAGAACGUGACCUUAAAUGCUAUGAGAUGCCUAAUAAAAUAGAAGGAGAAGAAGAACAAGAAGAACAACAACAACGAGAAGAAGAACAACAACAACGAGAAGAAGAACAACGACGGCGACAACGAGAAGAAGAACAACGGCAACAACAAAUACAAUGCAUUGAAAACAAACUCUCUAGCAACAGUAAAAAUAUUGAUGAAAUCGAGAGAGCUUCUGGACUGAGAUUCACAAGAGAGAUUCCAGAGAAUUUGAGAAACAGAAAAGUAGAAGUGACAGUGGAAUUCAAAACAGAAGAGGAACAAAAGAAUAUUCCAAAUAUUGACAUAAUCCCUAUACAUUAUGUGCGGAGUGAGAUGUAGUUACAGGAAGAAUUGAAUCUUCUAGAGUCUAAAGACAUCUGUGAUGAAAAAUACUCUACCAUUGAUUUCAGAUGCAGAUGUUUGUGCUUCUCUCCUCAACCAAUCCAAAGGGGGAAGUUUGACUUUAAAAUCAAACAACAUAUUUUCAAAUGUAUUACACAGCUCUCUGAAAUACUCUGACAAUGACACUUACAGUAACGUCUCUAUAUUCACUGUAAACCACUGCAUUUUGAGACGCAUUGCUUUAAUAAUGCCUUCAUCAUGAGUAUAUUUUAGACAGUAUGAUUAUUCUAGACAUUAAAUCCUUAUAUUUUUCUUACACAAUAUAUUAAUUAUGCCUGUUUGACAUUUACAGUGUAUAGCCAUGUUAAAGUCAUGAUGCUGAUGGUGAGAUAUGUUUGAUAAACUUUUAAAUGUUUGGAUGCAGAAUACUGAUCCUCUGUUAAAGUAGAUUUUUUUGUUUUUCACUUAUUUUAGCCUCUGAUUGUUUCACUGGAGAUUGUUCUGAUUAAUCUUAAACUGUACAUUAUGUAAAGAACAUACUGUUAAAAUAUAACCUUGAUAACUUUAAUAUUGACUGAGUAAGGUCAUGCCAAAUAUCGAAGUCAAUGAGUAAAACUUUGUGGGACAUAAGUCUGGAUUUCACAAACAUGGACUGUACUGACAGCAUAAGUGAUUCUG